GCUACAACCAGCUACAACCACCGACAACCAUGACGCCAUGGCCCUCUCAAUCAACCAUGCAGUCAAAUCACUGCAACAAUCAACCUCACGCUGACGUGUUGCCAGCCUCCAGGGUUGUUAGAAAAGUUCACUAUGUUUAGUAUCGGUCGAAGAGCGUUGAAAAGCAACGAAUAUUGUGUUUCGUUUAUUCGUUUUAGAGCUCUCCAUUACGUGCAAGGUCAAACAACCAAGGACAACGCACGAGAAUAUUUCUACUAUAUUGAUCAUCAAGGAAUGUUAUUUAUGGAUGAUGCGAGGAUGAAGAAUUUUACAUCGUGUUUCAAAGAAAAAAAAUUUCUCCAGUUCUUCUUCCGGCAUGUCAAGAUCAACAACACAGACCACUAUCAAGAGGAGUUUCCUUUUGUAUCACCAUGUGGACGUGAGAUGAACUACAUCCGAUGUGACGAUCUGCCUAUUGUGUUUACCCACGCUGUUAAGCUGGAGGACCCCCAGCAAGGGAACCAGAAAGUAGGCUUCCUGUUACAUAAUCAUGCUGGACUUCUGCUCAAAAUUCCUUUUGAACCACAUCACAUCUUCAUGCUUCCCGGAACAGGGAGAGUAUACCACCCAGCACCAGACAAAGUUGGCGGUGUAGGACUCGUUCGAUCGUUGCUAGCUGUAGAGUUCAGUAAGCAUUUUGUGUUUGAGAAAGGAGACCCUGAAACAUCACCGCCAACGCACUUCAACUGGGAUGGACAGUGCUAUACCCUCAGUAACAUACUCCAGCCCAGAGUGGAACAGUUUUCAUGCUGGAAGGACAAAGAAGAAACAUGAUGGUGCUUACCUAAGAGAAAUAAAUUGUUGUUCCGGGUCUGA